AACUGUCAGUGGCUAUUUUGUUUUUUUUCACUUGGUUGAGUAUAAUAAUAAUAAAAAUGGAACCCAGGUUUAACAUAACCUACAUAAUUCUUGGAGGCUAUGUAGAACUACAAAGGUACAGAUACAUGUAUUUUCUGAUUAUGUUAACUGCAUAUCUUCUAAUAAUUUGUUUUAAUACUUCUAUUGUUUGCCUCAUUAUUGUUCACAAAAACCUCCAUGAGCCUAUGUAUGCUUUUAUUGCUGCUUUGCUAUUCAACUCUAUUCUUUUCAGCACUAACAUUUACCCCAAGCUUUUCAUAGACUUUUUAUCAGAAAGGCAGAUCAUAUCUUAUCAAGCUUGUCUCUUUCAGAUCUUUGCAUUCUAUUCUUUAAGUGGUUCAGAAUUCCUACUGCUGGCAGCCAUGUCUUAUGACAGAUAUGUGUCUAUAUGCAAACCUCUGCAGUAUCCAACUAUCAUGACUAAAACUGCUGUAAGUGUUUUGGUAGUUUUGGCUUGGCUUAUACCUGCCUGUCAAGUUUCAGUGUCUGUAAUAUUGAGUUCCAAUAGAACACUCUGCACUUAUACUUUAAAAGGGAUUUUUUGUAACAAUGCAAUCCACAAUCUCUACUGUGUGAAUUCAGUGACACUGUCUGUUUAUGGGGUAGUUGUUCUAUUAAAUGUUGGUAUAUUUCCCGUGCUUUUCAUAAUUUUUACAUACACAAGAAUAAUGGCGAUAGUUUUUCAGAGCUGUGGAGAGGUCAGACGUAAAGCUGCACACACUUGUUUGCCUCACCUGCUGGUCUUAUUAAACUACUCUGUUCUGAUUACGUAUGAUGUUGUUAUAGUUAAGUUGGAAUCAGAUGUUCCGAAAAGUGCACGACUUUUAAUGACACUUCAAAUAAUUAUAUAUAAUCCUCUCUGUAAUCCCCUGAUAUAUGGACUAAAAAUGGAAGCGAUUUCUAAACAUCUCAAAAGGUUGUUUUGUCAAACAAAAUGGAACUGA